CUCCCAAUCAUCUUUAUGGUUUGGGUCUUCAACUAUCUUUCAUUGAAUUGUUGGAGAGACUUUUUUACUGUUAAGAAAAGAUCAGAAGAAGAAGUGGCAAUUGAAUUUGGGGUUUUUAUUGAAAAGAGAAGAUCAGAAGAAGGGGCAAUUGAAUUUAGGGCAAAAAUGGGAAGAACAUCAUCGAGCAAGGACGACGCUCAAGCCCUCUUCCAUUCUCUUCGCUCUGCUUACGCUUCCACUCCCAUCAAUCUCAAGAUCAUUGAUCUAUACGUGGGUUUUGCAGUCUUCACUGCUCUAAUUCAGGUUGUUUACAUGGCUAUUGUGGGAUCAUUUCCUUUCAACUCAUUUCUUUCUGGAGUGCUUUCUUGUGUUGGGACAGCAGUCCUUGCUGUUUGUCUUCGUAUUCAAGUGAACAAAGAAAACAAGGAAUUCAAGGAUCUACCACCUGAGCGAGCUUUUGCAGAUUUUGUUCUUUGCAACUUGGUGCUCCAUUUAGUGAUCAUGAAUUUCCUUGGAUAAAUUGUGCCUCCAGGUUUGCUGGACUGAUAUGUUCUCGGUUUCUGGCCGUGAUUCAUAAUUAUAGAAUGAAAUGAAUUCUUAGGUGUUAUUACGAGCUUAUGCAUAAGCAAUAUGUAAUCUAAAUUAUGGUAGGAAUUUGAUGUUUUGUCUUUGGCUAAAACAAAAGACAUGAGUUUCAAUUUGCUUGUUCUGGUUA